AUGAGAAGAGAAAUAAAUUUUGCCUAUGUACAAUACGUGGAGGACUCUGAAAAGGAACUUAUUGAAAUAGACAGGGUUGAAAAUUUUCCUUAUAAAUUUAUUGAAGACUUUUCUGGAUAUGGUGUUGUGCCGUUCAGUGUCUUGUGGUUUGACAAAAAUAAUCAAGAAUGGGAGAAGUAUGAAGCCGUGAUUCAUCUUAUUGGAGACACUGAUUCGGAUAGUGCCGACGAAAAUAAUGUAGAACAACCUGCUGCCAAGAGAAGGAAAAUUGGAGAAAACUCAAAGAUGACGAAUAAUAAAAUUGAUGACAUAGAACCAAUACAUUCACUAUCGUCAAGACCCUCACCACGACCAACAGCACCACCAAAAGCACCAUCAACAGCACCACCAACAGCUUCACCAACAGCUCCACCAACAGCUCCACCAACAGCUCCACCAACAGCUCCACCAACAGCUCCACCAACAGCUCCACCAACAGCUCCACCAACAGCUCCACCAACAGCUCCACCAACAGCUCCACCAACAGCUCCACCAACAGCUCCACCAACAGCUCCAUCAACACCUCCAUCAACACCAUCACCUCCACAAGCCUCAAUUUGUUCAUUAAUGUCAACUGAUAAUCAAACUAUGGAUAUAAAUAACAGGGAACAUCCUGAAAAGUUUAAAAUUUUUAAUGAUAAAAUAUUUAUCAAUGACGAAGUCUCUUUUGAUCUGCAAGCUUGGGAAAAUUUAGAGGGUACAACGAAAGAGUCUGUGUACUGCAAAAGUGUUGCGAUUGCCAUUUGGAAAGACCAACUCAAAAAUAAAUGUUUUGACUUAAAAGCCAGCGAGCGAACUCCAGGACAAAAGCGAACUCUUUUGGAAGAGAGAAAACUGGAUGCUGUUUAUGAUCAACAAAACGCACAAGCGUCAACUUCUACUGAAGCCCUCAACACAGAGUAA